UGACGUCACAACUUCCUCUACGAAGUCGCGCUUUCCUGUGUAGCUGCGAACACAUGGGCGAGCUGCAAAUAAACAUAUCUAGAUAAAAUGCGCAUUGAAAAGUGUUACUUCUGCUCGGGGCCGGUGUAUUCCGGCCACGGAAUGAUGUUUGUUCGCAACGACUCUAAGGUGUUCCGGUUCUGCCGGUCAAAAUGUCACAAGAACUUCAAGAAGAAGCGAAACCCCAGAAAGACCAGGUGGACGAAGGCAUUCAGGAAAGCUACUGGCAAGGAGCUCACAGUGGACAAUUCACUUGAGUUUGAGAAGCGCCGAAAUAUUCCAGUGAAAUAUCGACGGGAGUUGUGGAACAAGACAGUGGAAGCAAUGAAGAAAGUGGAAGAAAUAAAGCUGAAACGACAGACACAGUUUAUCAAGAACAGGUUGAAGAAAGGAAAAGAGCUGGAGAAAGCAGAUGCCAUCAACGAAGUGAAGAAAAACAUCCAUCUCAUCAAAGCCCCUCACGCAGGGAAAGCCAGAAAGAUGGAAGAAAAAAUGGUGGAGAAAUUACAGGAAGAUGUGGAGAUGGGCGAAGAUUAAACUGCCAUCCUGGGGUUUGGCUGCAUUUGAGAAAUUGUGACCUGAAAAAAAAACAGUUGUGAAAAGGCUUCUUAAAGCUCUUUUUAAAGACUGGUGUCUGGAAAAAAGUGUAUUUGUUGGCUGUUCUUUGUCAGGCUUCAGCGCUAGAGUGGAAAGAGUGUGUUGAAGGGAACAUUCAUGUGAGUGAAUUCCCUGAAAGGCAUAACAAUAGCCUGUGUAACUCGCCAUAUUCGGAAUUCUCUCUUUUUUUUGAAAGCAAAACGAAACAUUUGCCUUCUGACCGAAGAGUUUUCCUAAAGGUAAUAUUUGUAUUGCAAGUACAGUAAUAAAAUGUACACCUUGUCAAAU